GGACACAAGCGCGCGAGUGCUCUCGUCUUUCGGCGGCCGCACCGUCCAGCCGUCAUCGUCCUUCGCAGCCGCGGAUUCUGCCUAACGCCUUCGACGCUGCAGUUAGGCGACUUGAAUAUCGAGGUAGCGCUGAACAGCGACGUGCCGCCCUCACCACCACCGCCCCUGCUCCAGACUGUGGCCCCCCAGCAGCCACAAGCCGGGGCAAGUCAGGGCAGCACGGGUUUGCCAUUCGACGAAGAGGCCAAGCUCGUGUACGGUGUGAUGGUUUCGCUACGCGCGAUGGUGAAGAAGCUUUCUGGACGAGACGAACAGUUCACCUCAUACAAAACUUCCGCAUACAAGCUUCACCUCUUCGAAACGCUCUCUGGCUACAAGUUCAUCAUGCUUUCCGACCCUUCUACUGAUUCCCUUCGAUUCAUCCUUCGUCAGAUCUAUACCGGCCCCUUCCUCGAGUACGUUGUUCGCAAUCCCUUGGUUCAGAUGGACUCGAAGGAACGAGGCAUCGAUAAUGAGUACUUCCGCGCGAGCACGGACCGUUUAGUCAGAGGACUGUCUGUUUUCCCGUAG